AUGCCGUCUCAAUACUCGAAGCAGAUGUCGACUGGAAUGCAAGAAAUUGGCCAUGUAUCAACCAAGGAGCUUGAUGAUGCCAAUCUGGCACGUAUGGGAAAACGUCCCGUAUUGAAGAGAAACUUCGGUUUGAUGUCGAUUCUCGGCUUUAGUUGUACGAUUUUGAUUACAUGGGAGGGAAUUGUGGUUGGAGGACCAGCUGGUGCCGUUUAUGGCUUCCUUUUUGUUUGGGCGGGUGUCGCAGCGACAUUCGUGGUUUUAUCUGAAUUGGCAUCAAUGGCACCGACCUCGGGAGGACAGUAUCAUUGGUGCUCUAUGUUAGCCCCGCGCUCAUGCAUGAAACUUCUUAGUUACCUCACGGACUGGCUCACGGUCAUUGGGUGGCAGGCCACCUUCGCAACCUCCUGUUAUCUUGUCGGUACCUUGAUCCAGGGAUUGGUCGUCCUUACACACAGCAACUACGAGCCAAAGGAUUGGCACGGAACACUUCUAUUCUGGGCGGUUGUUGCCUUUUCCGUCGUUAUCAACAGCGUGGGAGGAAAAGUUCUCCCUCGAUUUGAGGGAAUGAUCCUGGUGUUGCACAUUCUGGGAUUCUUUGCGAUUCUGAUCCCCUUGACCUAUAUGGCCGACCACGGAAGUGCCAAAGAAGUGUUUACAGAGUUCUUGAACCUUGGAGAAUUUCCUUCUCAAGGAUUGUCUUUCUUCGUCGGUACUGUUGGAUGCAUCUUUGCAUUUGCUGGCGGUGAUGCAGCCGUUCACAUGUCCGAAGAAAUCACGAAUGCCUCGACCGCAGUCCCGACUUCAAUCAUGCUCAGUGUCUUGAUCAAUGGAUCAAUGGGCUUCGGCAUGCUGCUUGCCAUGCUAUUUUGCAGCGGUGACCUCGAGAAAGCGUUGGAAUCCUCGACCGGUUACCCCUUUAUGUCGAUUUUCUACCAGGCAACUGGAUCGAUUGCAGGAACUGCCGUUAUGGCCUCGAUUGUUACAACCAUGGGUGCCACAACUUCGGUCGGUAUGUUGGCGUCAACUUCCCGUCAGUUCUGGUCCUUUGCCAGGGACAGAGGUAUCCCCGGCUGGCGAGUGUGGAGCAAGGUCACCAAAAGCAAUGCAGUCCCUCUCUAUUCGGUACUUGUGACCUCGGUCAUUGCAUGUCUGCUUGCCCUGAUCAACAUCGGCUCACCUGUGGCUUUCAACGACCUUUGCUCCAUGUCGAUCUCCGGUCUCUAUCUAUCAUACAUGGUCGUCGGAGGUCUUCUUCUCUGGCGUCGCUGCACGGGUGGAAUCAGCUCUACUCGAAGCAGUGACUCAGCUGUUGUCAACACCGCCGGCGCGAGACUGGUGUGGGGACCGUUCCAUCUUCCUGGUAUUUGGGGAAUUAUCGUAAACGCCUGGGCUUUGAUUUACAUGACCAUUGCCGUCUUCUUUACGUUUUGGCCUACUUCGUGGGUGGUGGAUGUUCAAACAAUGAACUUCAGCGUGGUCGGGACUGUCGGUACAAUUAUCCUCAGUCUCUUCUACUACAUUUUCCGCGCGAGCAAGGUUUACGAGGGACCUAUCAUGGAGCAAACCUAG